AGUUACUUUCGAAAUUUACAAACACUGGAGUUUAGGUACUGGAAAAUUUGAUAAACAAAACAUUGUGGGCGUUGCCACAUUCAUUUGUGCUGAUAAUUCAUUGAUUAUAUGAAUGAUAAACGGUAUGAUGAGAUUAUGUUAGGCAAAAGUAGGUUCUUUACUUCUAUCAAUAAAGUACUUUAACUUUACAAAUUCGACUAUAUCAUAAUUUUUUAUACUUUGAAAGUUUGUAUAAUUUUAUUUUAGUGCUUUAAAAACUUAAUAUUAUGUUUUUGUGUGUUAAUCCUGUGUUAUAAUUGUAUUAUGUUAAUUAAUGCAACUAUAUAUCUAUCAUCAGCAAAUAUGUGAAGUGUACUAGAAAUGAUUCAUCAUUCUUAUUGGACUGUGUGUGGUGUGACAAUGCUUACAAAGACACUAUUCUCUCUUUUAUUCUGCACUUAUGUAUCAAGUCAGUCUAAUAAAGACCUGUAUAAUGGACAAAUGAACAAUGAAUACUAUAAAACGAAUCCACAUGAUGUCCCUAGAGAGUAUCGCCAGCCAAAUCCUGGUGAUAGUGAUUACAGGACUUUUGUGUAUAACAAUAGACGUUAUGGGACGGAUCCAUCGAGAUAUAAUCCAUACAACCCAAAUAUAAAUCAACCUGGUGGUUUCCCAUACAAUCCCAUUGUAACUAAUCCAUUGGAUGAGCAGUUUAAGUUUAAUACGAACCGUGAUCCGAAUAAUCCAGAUGCACUAUUCCCUGGAGUGUUGGGUGGUUGGAGGGAAGACUUGCAAGGGAAAGAGAGAAGAGAUUCACGGCAGCUGAAGAGAGAUAUCUUUGUUAACACUAACUAUGGACAAGUGCAGGGCUUUAAUGUAUAUUUAUAUGACAAUCCUGAUCCCAACUCUGGAUACAGGCCAUGGUUGAGUCCAGUUGAAAGAAUACAAGGACAGGUUUCAGUAUUUUUGGGUAUACCAUAUGCUAGGCCACCUGUUUUGGAAGGAAGGUUUAAGCCUCCCCGGCAGCACCCAGGUUGGCAACUGAUCCAGGCAGUGGACUGGGGCCCAGCCUGUCCCCAGCCGGUGCGUUUAACUGGAGCCACUAAAGGGAUACGAGAUAUGGAUGAAGAUUGUCUUUACCUAAAUAUAUUUUCGCCUAAUACAGAGGCUGGUGCAACAGCUCAGAAGUAUCCUGUGAUGGUGUACAUCCACGGUGGUCAGUUUCAAUCUGGUGCUUCAAACCUCUUCCCUGCUCAUAUGAUGGCUGCAUUUUAUGAUGUUGUGGUUGUCUCCAUCAACUACAGGCUUGGUGCUCUAGGAUUCUUAUCGACGGGCGAUGAGAAUUCGCCGGGUAACUAUGGUGUUUUAGACCAGGCAAUGGCGCUGCGUUGGGUGAGAGACAACAUCGGUCCGUUCAACGGAGACAGCGGAUCUGUGACUCUGUUCGGACCAGGCGCGGGGGCCGCUUCCGCCGGGCUCUUGGCACUAGCGCCUAGCACUAGAGACAUCGUGUCCAGGGUCAUCGCUCAGAGCGGCUCUGCGCUGGCAGACUGGGCCCUUAUCGAGGACAAGUUCCGCGUUCAGAACACGUCACUGGUGUUCGGGCGUUUGCUCGGAUGUCCAAUUGACUCGUCGUGGAAACUUGUCAAUUGUCUCAAACAAGGUCGGAGCUUCUAUGAGCUGGGCAAUGCAGAGUUCCAGCCUCAAGUGGGUUUUAUACCAUGGGGUCCGGUCUUGGAGAACAAUUUCACCUUCCCUGGAGACGGCUGGUAUGAGGGUUGGAGGGAGAGGGACUGGCAUUUCCUGUCAACUAAACCGGAAGAACUCAUAACGCGGAGAUUGUUCAACCCAGCACUUAGAUAUAUGACAGGUGUCACUACGCAAGAGGCGGCCUAUUAUCUGUUUACCAACACGUCACUGGCGCCGACCUACGAGGUUUCGGAGGCGUGGUUCGACAACAAGGUGCGAGAACUGGUGCUCCGAUACAACUACACUUUAAACCCUCGCGGCGUAUACGAGGCCGUCCGCUUCAUGUACACCUACCACCCCGACCCACAUAACACGAGUGCCAUCCGGGAUCAGUACGUUCACCUUCUCUCGGACUUCUUAUACCGCGCGCCCACAGACAAGAUGGUGAAACUUUUGCUAGAGCAAAAGGUGCCCGUGUAUAUGUAUGUGAUGAAUACAACUGUAGAAGCUUACAGAUGGCCGGAAUGGAGACAGUACGGUCACGACGUAGAGGCCACGUUCCUCACGGGCGCACCCUUCAUGGACCAGGAGUUCUUCCCAACGCGGCAGCGGAUCGAGCGACAAGCCUGGACCAACAAUGACCGGAACAUGAGCCAUUUCUUCAUGAAGGCCUACACGGACUUCGCGAGAUUUGGCAACCCGACCAGAUCCCGUAUCCUCGGUCUGCACAUGGAGAUGGCCACCGCGGGCCAACUGCGCUAUCUGAACCUCAACACUACCUUCAACUCCUCGAUCCAGCUCAACUAUCGGCAGACGGAGCUCGCGUUCUGGACAGUCUACCUCCCAACUGUUAUUGGAAGACUGGUUCCUACAUAUCCGCCUAUCACUGAGUACUGGUGGGAGCCGAAGCAGCCGCUGCAGAUCGCAUUCUGGUCGGUAUCGAGCGCGGCGCUGUUGUUGAUAGUUCUGCUUGUGGUAUGCUGCAUGCUGUGGAGGAAUGCUAAGAGGGCCGCACCGCCGAAGUGGAGGCAAAUACCCGUGAUAGAGAACGACAGAAUCUACAACGGUGACGUAUACCUGGUGCCCGAGGUGGAUAGCGGUAUCGAGAACGCGAGCCGCUCGCGAGACAACGUGUAUGAGUACAGAGACGUGCCCGUCAAGCGACCGCACACGCCGCAAGCUAUCACCACAAAUCUGAGUCAUGGCCGCGGUGCGCCCGUGGCUGCGUCCCGUGCGCCCUCCGAGGCAUCUACAGAGUCAGCGAUAUCGCUGAGUGUCGUGAGCCGGUCGCCCGACCCUCGCCCGCCCUCUCCUGUCCCCCGCGCCCGCUCUCGCACUAAGCUGAUCGACGGAGUGCCGCAGACGACCGUGUAAUAUGUUUCACACAUACACUUUUAUAUCCGAAUAAUUGAAUUCACCAUUUUAUCCAAUGACCUUUAUAAAUAGCACUGGACAGGCUGUUCCAUAUGUUUGACAGUAAAUUUUUUGUGCCUAUUUUUAAGCGCCACUCGCGAGCGUCCAGAGAACUAAUUUUGACGUAUAAUACAAAUGGCUGCGAUGGAACGUACAAUACUUUGAAGUAUUUCGUUUUCCGUGUUAUUUAUACUUCAGGAAUCAAUGCAAUAAAAUAUACAAUAUUUUUUGUAAAUGGUUUUCCUGUUGAUAUUUGUUUGCUGAGGUUGUCAUCACUAGUUUUAGUACUCUACAUGGCCAACAGCGCCAAAAUGGGUAAUAUCAAACAGGCACAAAAGCACUUUGACAGCCGCCAAUCCAGUGGUAUAUAGUAGAGGGCAGUGUUUUUAUCUGCCUUCAUGGCAACAUACAGAAAUGGACUCUUCAUAUAAGAUGUAUUUUUUAUUCGGCUGCUAUUCUAUGUAUAUUAGUACAUACUGUUAUUAAUACGUGCAGGAAGGUCCACGUAGUAUAGAGUCGGGAUGAUAAAGUGUUUACUAAAUCGAUCCACUGCUAACAAAAGUACCAUCUUUUUGCUAUGGAGUUGUUAACUGUCAAAAGUAAAUUUUAUACACUUUUAUGGUCCUUUUUUAAUGAAACUCAUCUGGAGUCAAAAAGUCCCACUCGGCUAUACGUCUUAAUUAACCGUCCAGUGAGCUGUAAGCCUUCGUUACUUAUACACAAAUGUACCAGUGGGAGGCUCCUUUGCACAGGAUGCCGGCUAGAUCAUGGGUAACCACAACGGCGCCUAUUUCUACCGUGAAGCAGUAAUGUGUAAACAUUACUGUGUUUCGGUCUGAAAGGCGUCGUAGCUAGAGAAAUUACUGGGCAAAUGAGACUUAUAUCAUGUCUCAAGGUGACGAGCGCAGCUGUUGUAAUGCCGCUCAGAAUUUAUGGCGUUUUUCAAGAAUCCUGAACGACACUGCAUUGUAAUGGGCAGGGCGUAUAAAUUACCAUCAGCUGAACGUCCUGCUCGUCUCGUCCCUUAUUUUCAUAAAAACAUAUGUUUUUUUAACGUCUGCGUCGGCGCUACUGUAUUUUCAAAUACAUAUCUACAUAUAUUUUUAUACAUUUACUUUAAUUGUAAAAUUCUUAUUUGUAUCCAUUUUACUAUUUAUUAUUUUAACGAUAGCUUUAAUUUAAGUGAAACUCGCGAGUUAGGAGACACUGAUUACGUAUGACAGUAUAGGUUAUGUUGAGUGAUUACGCCUUUUCAUCCUCUCUUGCAACACCAGAGUAACUACAGGAGUGAUUUUGACAACACUCUUCAUCUUCUUCUCAUCACUCGAAUUAUGAGAGGUAUAUUUCACCGGGACACCAUGGCGGCGUAACCAGUCACCGCUACCAUCAAAAUAGUAACUCUCUAUAGAGCUCUGUAUCGCUCUAAAGAGAGUUACUCACCUGGUUUGCGCAAGCAAUUUGGCGGCGUGACCAGCUCGGACGCGUGCACACAAUGUUAUCGGUCGCUCCACCAUAAAAUACAAUAGAGCUGUAUGGUGUCUCACACACUCGGCCGCCAGUCCGGCCGCCAGUAACGCCCCCACCUCAUUGAAUGCAACACGUGUGCACUGUUGUGUUUUGUUUUUAAUAUAUAGAAUCGAUUAUUUCGAUACAGAAAGGUUUAUUAUCGAAAUUCAAAGAAGACCAUCAUUAUAGGAUAAUUCCUCAUCAGAUAAUUCAGAUAGAGAUUUAAAAAUGAAAUUCUUAGGCUAAAUAACCCACUACUGUUUCUUCUUUGUCUUUUAAUAGCGCAUUACGAUACAAGUGCGCAAUGUAGGUCGUUCCCACACGAGCGAAGCGAGUGCAGGAUGACCUACGUGCGCACGAAUGUCGUAUACUAUUUUUCCUAUUAAGUUGCGCAAAGUUCGACCACUAUAAUUAUUUUCAAACAUUCCCGGACGCUAUGCUACAUUCCCGCACGCUCUUUUCAACGUGUUGGAAAGUGGUACUUUGCGAACGCAAAUGCAUGCGCUAAAUCGAUCUUUGCGCACGAUAAUAGGAAAAAAUUAUUUUCCUAAUUACAUACAGCAGUAGUGUCACAGUGUGGUGUGGCGUCUCUGGUGUCUGUAUGGUAUCUAGUUUGGUAGCUUACGAACACCACGGUGGUGCGACUGGUUGCUCCAUCAUGGUGUCCCGGUGCAAUUUAGCCCUAAAUCGGGUUAACACGCUCUUUUUAAAGGUUCCCGAGUCAUACGGAUAAUUAUUAUUGUUAUGAUUUUAAAUAAUUGAUUUAAUUAGGUUUAAUUAUGUUAACCACCGUUACAAUUAGAUCUCUAGAGUUACAGGUGUUCAUUGGACGUACACAAUGUCAUUACCAUUUUAUUUUAGACCUAGACUGAUUUAUAUUUUAGUUGUGAGUGAGGUUUUAUGUAGAUUGUGCAUUUCAGCGACAUCUGUCUGACUAACUAGUGACAUCACGGUAUUAGGGAAUUUAUUAUAAUGUUUAUUAUCUACUUCUUUUUUUACACAUAUUGCCAAUAGCUUUCACACCCUUCUCCGUCCAAUUUUGGUGAAUAACUAAAUCUUCCUUUGAUUUUUGCCAUGUUUGGUUUUCACUAAAUUGCUUUCUGCUGUCACAAAUUGGAAAGCAUAUUAUAUCUACGGAGCUUAAGUAGAUAAUUUCUAGACGCCUAUGAACUGUAUUGAGAUAAAAGGGAUUUCCACUAGUUUAACCUCUGCCGCUUCGAUGUAAUGGGAAUGUCUAGCCAUAAUUUAAAAUAUCUACUUGCCUUUAAAAUUAUGGCGAUCUUCAAAUUAAAUUGCCUUUUAAAUUUCCAUCCUGUAUAUUAUGAGAGAGAUAUUAAAUGAAAACGAGAAAAGAAAUUAUGUUUACACUAGUUAGUUUGUUGACAAGUCUCUAAUAUUUAAGUAGAUAACUUAAGAGCUUAGUAACGAGUAGAUUUAAAUUAAUUUUGUCAUAAAUGUAUUGUCUGUCCGUCCAAAAUCGUGCAAUUGCAAAGUUUAAUACAAUUGAACACUGCCUUUGUAUUUUUAUUAGUAAAUAAUAAAAGAAAUUCAAUCUA